ACGGUUGGAGCACGUGGCGAGGUUAUAGCGUCUCGUUUGGCAGUGUGGAAAUUAGAAGAAAUCUGUGUUUUUUACAGUGUUAGAAUCAUGCCAAUGGCUUCGACUCUCACAAUUCAUCAUGUGCAUGUCGCAAGCGUAGCGUGUGUUGUUGUAUCAGGACACCCUUUUGCUUACUUCUUGUUGGAUUGCGUGUUAGAUGGAAGGAAGUGAGAUUAGUGAGGAAGUGGGGGAGGAUUCGAGAGCGAAGAGGAAAAUUUUUGUUGCUGGAGCCACUGGUAGCACUGGGAAAAGAAUCGUUGAGCAGUUAUUGGCAAAGGGUUUUUCUGUUAAGGCUGGGGUUAGGGAUUUGGACAAGGCCAAGUCCACCCUUUCCUCUGCCAACCCAUCUCUUCAAAUUAUAAAAGCUGAUGUCACAGAGGGGUCUGAUAAGCUAGCUGAAGCCAUUGGUGAUGAUUCAGAAGCAGUGGUAUGUGCCACGGGCUUUCGGCCGGGCUGGGAUUUGCUUGCUCCGUGGAAGGUUGACAAUUUUGGUACUGUAAACCUUGUUGAAGCAUGCAGGAAACGUAAUGUCAAGAGAUUCAUUCUUAUCAGUUCCAUCUUAGUUAAUGGAGCAUCUAUGGGACAGCUACUCAAUCCGGCUUACAUCUUUCUUAAUGUUUUUGGACUCACCUUAGUAGCAAAACUACAGGCAGAGAAUUAUAUCAGGAAAUCUGGCAUAAACUACACAAUUAUAAGACCGGGCGGGUUGAGAAAUGAUCCUCCAACUGGAAAUGUUGUUAUGGAGCCAGAGGACACCCUUUAUGAAGGUUCCAUAUCCAGAGAUCAAGUUGCGGAAGUAGCUGUGGAGGCAUUGGCUUAUCCUGAGGCAUCUUACAAAGUCGUGGAAAUUGUGUCUCGCCCAGAUGCUGCUAAGCGUUCAUACCAUGACCUUUUUGGUUCCAUAAGGCAGCGAUGAUUCCCGACUUUAUGAUUUGCUUGCAGAUUAAUGAAUUUGUUUCUCUGUUAUUUUACUUUGUGGUGGCCAAUGUGUAUCUUAACUGUGUUCCAUUUGUGUUACUUCAUUCAAUUGGUAUGCUAGAGUAAUAUUGUAAAUAUUUCAGUGCA